AAAUGUGUUCAACCAAAAAGACCAAGCAUGUGACGCAGAGUGUUUUUUGAAGAGUGGAAACCACAUCCUGUUUCGAACUCCCGUUUGAGACUGAGAGAAUUGUUCGUUGUGUUUCUGUGGUAAAGCUAAACUGUAGAAGCUGAAGGUGCAUAUGGUCCUUGUUGCAACAAGGAUCAUAUGCAACACUCACUCUAUUUUUCAGGUACGGCAGAUGUAGAUAAACUGGUAUAGAAGGAAAGUAGAGUCAAACCACAGCGAGAGAACCGAAGACAGAACAUCCAGCAGUCGGCUGACUACAGUCAUUCCUUUUUAUGCAAAAUGGACGAGUCUAACAGAAGAAUUGUUAUCUUGGGGAAAACUGGAGCUGGGAAAAGCAGCGUGGCUAACACCAUAUUUGGAGAAGAACUCUUCAAAAUUAAUGAUACAGCCAAAUCAGGAACAAGUAAAUGUCAAGCAAAAACCAGAUCUGUCAAUGGAAGAAGCAUCACUCUGAUCGACACUCCUGGUUUCUUCGACACAGAUCAAUCCGAGGAGGAGCUGAAGUCUGAGAUAAUAAGGUGUAUCAUAGAGUGCGCUCCUGGGCCCCAUGCUUUUCUCAUUGUGCUUAAAGUGGAUAAAUUCACAGAGCAAGAACAGGCUGUUAUCACAAAAAUAAGCCAAUACUUUUCUGAAGAAAUCUUCAAAUACGCAACCGUUCUCUUCACUCAUGGUGAUCAGCUCAGAAAAGGACAGACAGUUGAGGAGUUUGUCCACGACAAUCAGAAUGCGAUUGAUCUGUUGGAGAAGUGCGGAGAACGCUGCCAUGUCAUCGAUAAUAAAUACUGGAAGGACAACCAAAAGGAUGAAUACAGGAACAACCAGUUCCAGGUGAAGGAGCUACUCAAGACAAUAGAUAAGAUGGUAAAGGCAAACAAAGGAAGCUGCUGCACCAAUGAGAUGCUACAAGCAGUGGAGGAAGACAUACAACAAGAGGUGGAGGAGCUCAUUAGACAGUCAUCAGGAACCUUGACACAGGAAGAAGUCAGAAAGCAAGCUAAAGACAGAGUAUUUAACAAGCUUAAUAUCAAGCUGGCAGGCAUUGCAACAGGUGUAUUGUUAGGAGCUCUUUUUGGCACGGUAACGAUGGUUGGACAAGUUAUCUUGAUGUUGACAGAAAAGUUGUCAGAGCCAGGACAAAUUAAAUCUUUAGCCUACAGAGCAGAAGCAGCUGGAGUGAUAGGAGCAGUAGGAGGAACAGCAGUAGUAGGAGGAGCAGCAGCAGUACUAGGAGGAGCAGUAGCAGGAGCAGCAGCACUUGGUGUGAUUGCAGCAUUAGUUGCUGUUGCGGGAGCAGUGAAAGGAGGUGUUGCAGGGUAUCAUGCAGCUGAGGGAGCAGACUCACCACGGGAAGCAGUACAGAGAGCAACAAAGGCUGCCAGGGAUCAAGCAGUGUCUGUCUUUGAAAGACUCUGUUCCAAAGAUGAAACAGAGUAUGAACCUUUAAUAAGCGAUGAAUCGAAGAAGGGAAAUUAAAUGUGUCACUUAAAAGUCACAUCUGCCUGUAAUUGCAUGAACAUCUUCUUCUAAAUUCCCCUUUAAUUAUUGAGUUGAUAUUCAUAAGUAACAUGUAAUAGGUUUUACUUGUGUGUGCUUCGAGCUUAAGUAGCUUAUUUCUGUUCACAGAAUGAUUAUACUCACAUUAAAUUCAGAUUCAAUAUUGUUUGUACAGACAUGCCUGAUCCUUACCUGUUUAUAUUGUAUUAUCCAUAGUGAGAAACUGUUUUGGCAUAUUGUAUUAUGCAACUUUGAUACUUUGUAUUGCAGCUAUCACAUAAUUUUCCCUUGUGAUACAAAAAGAGUUGUAUCUUACAUUAUUAUAACCACUGAGUGCCGGUUUGAGGAGUUGUGUACUGUCAAUUAUAUUUAAUACUGUAUAUUAUAUACAAACCACAUAAAUGCCUUUUUUUAAACAUUGUUCAUAAAUAGGAAACACGUAAAUGCAAUUUAAUGUGAAAUAAUGUUUUCAAUGUUAUAAUCAAACAAGUGUAGGCCUAUACUGUUGUUGCUGUAUUUGUGUUUCCUGUUGAAACAUUGCUUACUGUUUCCUGUUGCAAGAAAGGACCAGAAGAGGUCUCUUAAUGUAAGCACAGCAUGAUUUUGUUGGACAGUACAUGUGGCCAUUUAUGAACAAUAAUAUAAUCAAACUAUUACAAAAUAAAUGAACAAUGAAUAAAUGGAAA